GCCGGGGCGGGGCGGGGCUGGGCUGGGCGGCGUCUCCCUCCCUCCCUCCCGGCGGCGAUGAUGAUGAUGAUGAUGAUGGACUGCGAGUAAGAUGGCGGCGGCGACGACGACGGCGAGUUUACGGGUGGGAGACUUGGUUUGGGGAAAGCUGGGUCGGUAUCCGCCUUGGCCCGGAAAGAUUGUCAAUCCACCGAAAGAUCUAAAGAAACCACGGGGCAGAAAAUGCUUCUUCAUAAAAUUCUUUGGAACUGAAGACCAUGCAUGGAUCAAAGUUGACCAGCUUAAAUCUUACCAUCUUCACAAGGAGGAAAUGAUAAAAUUCACCAAAGGGAAACGCUUUCAACAAGCAGUGGAUGCGGUUGAGGAAUUCAUUAAAUCCAAGGUAUCUGCACUUACCUCGUCAGAAGAGAAAAACAAACACAUUUCAUCUGAAGAUAAAAGACACAAUUCCUCCACGGACAUUUCCGAGCACAAUACAAGGAAAAGGGGUCGACCGCCUAAAGAGGACUCUCUCCCUGAGCCAUCCACAGUAAAGCGAUGGGAUGCAAAUCCAAUUGCAGCCUACAAAUGGAAGCUAGUAAAGGACGACCCUCACUUCCAUCAUUUUCUGCUCAGUCAGUCUGAGAAGCCAGGUUCAUGCUCUGCGAUAAUUCAAAAGCUGAAGACCACGGCUGAAGAGGAAGCAGAGUCUACAUCCAUCCAGGCAGCUGACAGUACUGCAACUAAUGGCAACAUUAUUCCCACAGAUAAAAGGAUAGGUUUCCUUGGUCUUGGCUUGAUGGGAAGUGGAAUUGUUGCAAAUCUCUUGAAGAUGGGGCACAUUGUUACAGUGUGGAAUCGCACAGGAGAGAAGUGCGACCCUUUCCUCCACGAAGGGGCUGGUUUAGGACGGACACCAGCAGAGGUUGUUUCGACUUGUGAUAUCACACUCUCUUGCAUUUCUGACCCAAAGGCAGCUAAAGAUUUGGUUCUGGGUCCCAGUGGGGUUCUACAAGGGAUUCGACCAGGCAAAUGUUACGUUGACAUGUCCACAUUGGACCCUGAGACUUCCACAGAAAUCUCGCAGGUGAUCACUUCCAGAGGGGGGCGCUAUCUCGAAGCACCAGUCUCAGGGAAUCGGCAGCUAUCGGAAAAUGGAAUGCUGGUGAUCCUUGCAGCUGGAGAUAAGGCUUUGUUUGAUGAUUGUAGCAGCUGUUUUCAGGCCAUGGGGAAGAAGUCUUUCUAUUUGGGAGAGGUGGGCAAUGCCUCGAAGAUGAUGCUGAUUGUCAAUAUGAUCCUGGGCAGUUUCAUGGCUUCUGUCGCAGAAGGCUUUACAUUGGCUAAAAUAGUCAGCCAAUCGCAAGAUGUAUUGCUUUACAUCCUCAGUCAGGGACCCUUAGCGUGUGCUUUUUUGGACCAGAAGUGCCAAAGUAUUUUACAGGGAAGCUUCAAGCCUGACUUCUUGUUGAAACACAUACAAAAGGACCUUAGGCUGGCCAUCGCUAUGGGUGAUUCGGUCAAUCAUUCAACUCCUGUGGCUGCUGCGGCGAAUGAAGUUUUUAAGAAAGCAAAGACCUUGGAUCAGUCUGAAAAUGAUAUGUCUGCAGUGUAUCUGGCCUGCAAUCAGAGACCGUGACAAUCUUUUAAUUGUUUCUUAAACAUUUGGGGCCACUUUUUUAUUUUCAUAUUUUCCAUUAUCAGUACAUGGUUUACUUUUCCAUACUGGCCAUUGUAUAUAUUUUCCUCUGGUGAUUUGAGGAUCAAAUGACCUAUACCUAGCCAAAUCUCAUAAAUGCACUGACCUGGCACCUCUCGAGAUUAAAGUGAAUGUGUGCCAACCAUCUGCUGCUUUUCUUUGUAUAAUUUUGUUAAGAUGGUAUGAAAGGUUGACUCGUAGAAUAAUGGGUUAUCGAUAAAGGUCCAAACUGAUGUUAAUCCUUAACAAUUGUUUUUAUUGGUUUGGUUAAGUGCCUCCUGAUUGUAAUUGGUGAUACAGACUCCAUUGCUGGUACUGCAUGUUGCCAUCAAUGCUAUUGUUCACAAAGUAACGAAGAGCAAAUGUACAAAACUAAAGAAUGAAUAUCAGGAGUACUGGAGAGAAGUGGAAUACUUAAGCAGCUUCAGGCCUGUACUGUGGAGAUACUGCCAUGGAUAAUGAUCCUGGUAAUCUCAGUGAUGUGUAUAUUUUAAAAUAUUUGGUACAAGAUGAAACUUUUACUUGUGCCUUGCUUAAAGUUUCCCAUGUGAUUUGCUCAAGUAGGUAAAAAACGCAAUGUAAUUGGAAGAAAGAUUGCACAGCUUUUGAACUAGACUGUUGGUCCAAUUGUUACCAGCAGUUGUUUUGCAUGCAAUAAUUUUGUAUUUGUUGGGUGCAUUUAAAAAAAACCUGAUAUUUUUGUGAUUUGAAAAAGUUUUCCAAUGGGGAAAAAAAUGUUUUGCUGCCUUGCAAGUGGCUGCCCUCUGGGUAGUGAUUUUUGUGAUCAGGUUGACCUCGCUGUUUAGUUUCCUUGGUCUCAAAUAUUUAGGGACCCAGUAAGAAAGUUUAGACUACUAAAAUGACCAUGUAUGUAGAAGAGGUUUGCGUAAACUGUUUAUCAUUUUUGAUAUCUUAACUAUUUUCCAUGCAUGGUCCUACUCAACCUAAAGUUAUAGGGGUUUUUUUUAGAAUCUCAUAUUUAUUUACCUUUCCAGGUUUGAAAGAACCUUUCUUUUGCCCAGAAACUGAUUUAUCAGUAAAAGGCAUGCAAACAAAUCAGUGUUUUUGGUUCAUAACUGUGGGUCUUUGAGUUGAUGUGGAUGCUACUUGUGAAUGCAAAUUGUGUAUGAUACCAGCUACUUUUAAUUGCUUUUAUGUUGCCACAGUCUUUUGUUCCAUAAAGUAGGUAUGGAAUGUAAUAUUGGUCACUUUACUGAAAGGCAUGUGAUCACUUUUGGCUACACCAAAGCAUGAUGGUCAAGUAUUCAACGUGACCAGAUCAAUCUAAUAAACCUAAGGGUAGGUCAGACUCCAUUUAAGCUGCUUUUAAAAUAUGUAUGGAAAGCAGCCAGAUAUGUUUGGAAUUGAGCCCUAUGCAUCCGAGUGGAUACUAAUUUGGAAAAACAGUAUUCUAAGUAUAAAAUACAUCUAAAUUGCAUGCACAUGCCUCAAUGUUGGCAAUUAUGCUGAGUUGCAGGUGUAUUACAGUGGUUUAGAUUGCUGCUCAUAAUUCAAUGUACAGAAACAUCACUUACCUUCAAACAAUAACUUUUGCCUAAUGCAAACACCAGCUUGCAUGCUCUGAAGUGAGAGUCCACUCUCUCAUUUAGUGAGAAAGAAGUCUUUGUGAUAACUUUAUUCUUGCGAAAAGUACCACCACCAUGUUUUUGGUACUAAACUGCAACCCAACGUUCAGACUUCUGUCAGUUAUCAAACUUGGAAAUUCUUGAGAGAAAUGUACAGAAAAGCAAGCCACGUGAAAACGUAUGUUUACCUCCAAUGUGGUAAUGCGGUUACCUCCGUUUACGUGGACGAUGUUGGUCAAACCAGCCUAAUAAUUUAGCGGCAUAAAUACCGUUAAUUGCUGUGGUCAAUUUGGGACUUUCAUUUGUAUCUGAAAAGAAAGUGGCUAAUGGCAUAGUUUAUCUUUUGAAAUGCUGUACCAGAUUUAGUUCAAGCUAAACAUAUUUUGGCAGCAUGUUGGUGGUCAUGAGACAACUGUACAUCAUGCGGGCAUUAGAGUUUGUGAAUAGCAACACUUUGAAUUGUAAUGACUCUUUGAAGUCAUUCUUUUAGUUGAUAAUUUAGAAAUAUAAGAACUUGAUUUCAAGUCACAUUAAAAUAUAGGCUAACAAUCAUUAAUAGCCUUUUGCAUCAUAUUUCUGUUAUAACAAUAUUUUUAGAGAUAAUUUAUUUAAGUGUGAUGUAAUGAUUCCUGAAUAGUUUUCUUGCACGAACGAUUGUGUUUCCACUUUGCAUUGAAGGUUGUUUACUUAUGUUAUUAAACGAUUGCUUUGCAAUGCUGAGUGACCUGUGUCUG